CCUAACGACUGCGCAAUAUCAUCAACAACAUUCAACUAUGAUCGAAUCAUCUGGCAUUGCCAUAGCGACGGUACAUUCCGUACUUGUUAUCGUAGACAUUGUUGGAAAUUGCCUCGUUUGUGUGAUCAUAAAGAAACAUCGCGACAUGAGGACUCCCAUCAACUAUUUACUUGUGAACCUGGCUGUAGCGGAUGCCUUGUUUGCGACCUUUGUUACACCACAGACUUUCUUCAAGAUCACUCCCACCCACCCAGAAGGGAUAGCUGGAACAGUUUUAUGUAAAAUAAUAACAGGUGGAAACCUCGCAUGGAUUGCUGGAACCUCCUCGGUUGUUACUUUGGCUGCAAUUGCCGCUGAACGAUAUUAUACAGUAAUCUAUCCCGCUGGUAACGUGAGCAAACUUACCAAGCGCAAACUGAAGGUGCGUCACUGACAAAGUUUAAUUAUUAGUAUUGGUAAGUACCAAACCAGUUGGUAGUGUCUAUCUCAUUCUGAUUGGCUGCUCAAACUCGGAAUAGGCAGGCAUUUAUGAAAAAGGUCUAUAAGAAAAAUGCUUUCUUUCUUUUCUACCGUAACUGAAGAAGACAUUUUCACAGCCUAUGAAGCAGCUGGAGCAUUUCUUUCAAUAAGAAAAGUUUAAACUAGUGGAUGGUAUUUUUCACGCGUUCUGAUUGGCUACAAAAACUCGGAAUAGUUAUACUAUCCGCCUCC